CGUACAACGUCACUCGUCUGAUUGCAGACCUCUACCAUUUCCUUUUUUCACGAUUGUGCAUAAUCAUUUCCCCCCCUUUCCGAACUCUUCCCACUUAUCGCAUUCCACUUGAUCUGAGGCAUUUACAGCAGUAGGACUGAUUUGCCUCGAUAUACCAUUUCGCUGACGUCCAGAACAUAACUGCGCUUCCUGUGUCAGCUGCGAUACCCCCGGUUUUGGUGGUGCCUUUUCGAUAUUAUGCGCGACCGAUCAAUGGCCGGUAUCAGCACUCUUUGUCAUUAGCAAACCUCAUUUCGGCAUUUGGAAUUGGGAGAAAAUGGCAUCCUCGGUGGGGUCCGACAUCUUCGCAUGCCUGGCUCUUUUGACCAUCUCAGUCGCCGUCUUGUUCAUCCUACGACACUACCUGCCUCUACGAACCACGCCCGCUUUCCUCCUCGUCCCGAUUUUCCUUGCCCUAGUCCUACCCGCAAGCGCCCUCAUUUUAGUUCCCAUUGAUCUCGCAUCCAGCGCGCGAGAAAGCGAUCAUGGCGGGAAAGGAAUAUGGUUGCCCAAAAGAGCCGUUUUAGUUUCGUGGAGAAUCGUCUACUGGUUGACUUUUGUCCUGACAUGGGUCGUCUUGCCUCUGCUGGGGGAAUACAUGGACGCUGGGUACCGUGACCCCAAGUCCCGGCUGGUCUAUUCUCUGCGUUCCAAUGGCAGAUACCAGCUGAUCGUUUUGGUCUGCGCCAUUGCCGGUUUGAUCUACAUGAUCUUUUCCUAUGGCUUCGACUUCACGGCAAUCAGAGCCUUGGUCAUGGCGCUGGCGUAUGUCUGGGGUCUUGCUCUUGCCAUCUAUCUGAUGGGCCACGGGCUAGUCUCCAUCCCCAGGAGGAUGUUCCGCAAGGCGGAUAUAAGCGGCAGCCUGCGCCGCGUCCAGGGCCAGGCUCCGAGGAUUCAUGAGAAGCUGGAAGACGCUAUUGUGGCGCUCGAUGAGCUGGAAGCGCAGGUGAUGCAGCUCAAACAAAGGAAAACUGGGAGUGCCCGAGAUUUUCAGGAUUGGAUUGAUGAACUGGUCGACAUGACCGGCCAGCCCGAGAGCCGAGUCUUUUCAAAUGUCACCACCAUCGAUGCCUCUGCCAAAGUCCCCGCGGUCAUUACCGAGAGAUACCUGGCGGACUUGACUCGACGGCUAGUACGAGCUAAACACCGACGAGCGAGAUACGUCCGCGAAUGGGACAACAUCGUCCAGACCGCUUCAGAUCUACAGGCUAUCCUCGAUUCCAAAGCCUCUCGGAAACUGGACUUUGGUCGUUCCACGUCAUCUUCACCCAAAUGGUCUCUCAUGACCCCGUCCAUGCGCUACCAUCUAUACGUCCACCUCGUUCCCGCCGUCAGGAUAGCUCUGGGAGCCGUCCUCUCCCUUGCAUCGGUCGCUGUCAUCUGGUCCGAAAUUAUCAAAUUUCCUGCCCCGCACCUGUCGGCGGUCAGUCUGACGGUCAUUCACCACCCGAGUGACAAGAACUAUCAAAUUGGCUUCGGCGGGCAACUCAUCGCUUCCAUGUGGAUUGCCUAUAUGUGCAUCUGCGCCCUGAGUAGCAUGAACGACGUUCCUACAUGGAACCAACGAGCCCUGGUCAGGAGGCACACCUACGCUGAAUCGGCAUGCUGGUACGCGGGACAGAUUGCAAAACUGACAGUACCGCUGGCGUACAAUUUCCUCACUUUCCUGCCCAAGAGCAUUCACCAGAAUUCAACGUUUUAUGAUUUCCUGGGGAGACUGAUCAAUCUGACGCCGCUGGGGACUUGGUUCGAUUACCUGUUCCCAAUGUUCGUCCUCUUGCCAGUGAUCAUGACAUUAUUUAAUUUAUAUGGCAAGAUCAAGAAUGUGCUGGGUUUCGGCAUAUUGGAAAUCGACGAGGACGAGGAGGACAAUCCAUCCGGUUUUGGAACCGGAGGCUGGCGCGAAGGACGAGAUCUCAUCGCACGAGAUCUUCAGGGAAAUCGACCAACGGCCACGUUGGGCAUCACGGAUUCUCCGCGGGCGUCUUUGGAUAGGCCUCGCGCUGCACCGACCAGGUGGGUGCCUCCUGCUGAUCGAGUUGGGCCUGGUAGCAACCGCACGACCGCCUCGGGUACGCCGCACCACUCAUCAUCGGGUGGUAGGUUCAGAGAUAGACCCGCUCUGGAACCUGAGCCCGACGAGGAAAAUUUCUUCACGCUGUUCGGACGAAGGGUGAAGAAUACGAUUGAUACAAUCGAAACGCCCAAGUGGAUGCAAGCUUCGACCAGUCGAAGUGGAAGUGGUUCCGGGUUCAAACGGCCGCGAUGGUUAGGCGGGUCAAGCAGUGAAGGCGGAAACAACGGCGAGAGUGACAGCGGUGGAAGUGGUGGUGAAGGCGGUUCGAACAUCCUCGGAUUGUUCGGUGGGAGGAACCAGGACGGGAGACUCAUGAUAUGAUGUGAACGAACUCAGCCUCUGCGUGACGCGGUAAUUAGCAAGCACUGGAUCAAAACCAAUAGAUACGUACCUAGGUACUUAUCUCCGUAUAUAUGUGUGUAUGAACAUGUUAGUUUCAGCUGUUCAAUACCUAACCUCGCUGCAUCAGCGUGUGGAC